UUCAAAAGAACAAUUUAAAAAAAAUUAGUGAUUACAUAAUUCCAAAAUUCAAAAAUAGAUUAACAUUUGGCAAUGGGAAACUUGUGUUCAGCUCUUUAUAACAAUGAUUUCAUGGAUCCACCUUUGUCCAAAAAAUUUUUAGAUUUGAAGGAUAGCUGUGAACUCCUUCAUGCGGUCAGAACCCGAGAGCGUAUCAAGAAGCGAAAAACUGCGAAGCAAAGAAUUCGCAAGCGAAAACCUAAAAAUGAAAGAUGUAAAGUCAAAAAACCACUGACUUCGAUCGCUUCCCCAAAAAAGAAACUGCUUCCAAGGAAGAAGAAUUUGUCGAAACCAAAAGCCAAAAAUACUAACAAAUUUGUUGACACAGACUCUGAUAAUUAUAUACAACCGUGCAAGAAGCGCAAGCUGCCAAAUCGAAAGAAGUGCAAGAAAAAGACGGUUUCAAGGAAAACGCAGAACUAGCCGUUGCAUUCAACCAAUGCUAGAAGAGUGAAGCUUGUAAAGAAUUAACAACUCAUACAAUUAAUGAUCGACAUACUAUUGUAAAGUCUUCUCAUUUUUGGGAUACACUCAAGUUAUACUCUCGAGUCGUUCUUGGCUCAAACAUCUUUUGAUUGAUGUUUUACAUAAGAGCCCAAAUUUAUUUUUAUUUGAUUACUCUAUAUACUAUCACUAGAGCCUGAUUUAUAAGACCAGCUAAACUAAAAUUACCACCUCAUUAAAAAAAUAGAAAAAAUGGAAUGGAAGUAUUCUCGUCUGUACUAAGAAACACGAGAAUACUAGACGUUGUAAAAAACCCUCAGUAACUUUAUGUGUGAAACGAUAAGAUUUUAUUAAAAUAUUAGUAUAUUGUAUAUUUAUACUAACA